AUGCCUCCCAAGAGGAAACGUGCCCAGCAGGCCCGGAGAGCAGAGCUGGUGUUCCUGGAGAGCCCACGAGAGGGACCCGUCCAUUGCUGUGAAACUCCACUACCUUCGGCUGAGAAUCCCAGACGUGUUCCCACAAAACCCUUAGGCCAGAACACAGCCGCUGCCUGGGUGUGCCCACAAUUUGAAACGACUAAGUCAGAGGUGUUGAAGGUGUGCCAGAAGAAGCAUCGUGGUCCUCGCAAACCCCAGAACCAGGAUGCCAACCACAGUUUGCUUCAUGCAGGUGGAGCUUGUCAAAAAGCUACAGCCUGCAAAUUUCGUCCUUUAACUUUUGAGAAUACAGAAGGUUAUGCAGGCCACCCCUCAGCUUGUCUGAAUUGCUCAGGGAAGAACACACGGUGCUCUCACAGCCAGCCCAAAAAAGGGAGAGCAGCAAAAGCCAACAUCCAGGUGAAUAGUCUGGAGAACUGUAGAGAAAUACUUUUGUUACCUGCUUCUCAGGCCGUGGAGCCAGAAGUCUUUAGUCCACCAGAUGUAGAGACUCCAGAGGUGCCUUCCACAAGGAGCUGGAGACGCAGCAGCACUCUGCCACGAAGUAGCCACACCCGGCAUCCAGAAAAAGGGCUGGCAUUAGGUGUUGAUCCCUGUAGGGGAGGGGAGUCGGCAGCAGUCCUGGUUAAAGAUACCCCUGAGCAUGAGUAUGGAGUAAGAGUUACGUGGAGACAACGGCCCCAUCUACUGAAAUACCUGCGGGAGAGGGGGAAGGUCAGUGCUGCGGACGUGCUGGUGAAAGCAGACUUCAACCUCUCCAGGAGACAGGCCGAUAUUUGA